CAAUAGAAAAAUAAAUAAAACAAAAAAAUAAUAAGAAAAAAUAAGAAGAGAAGAAUGUCUAAUAUAGGAUAUGAUCGUCAGUGGCAUGAUGCUCAAGCAUCUAUCAAGGAUAUUUUAGAUGUCGAUUUAGAGCAGGAAAAACCAGAAAAGGAUCGUCUUGUUGCCUUCCAGAAUUUGGCUGUCAUUUAUGUUAAAUAUAUCACAAUUUUUCGAAAACUUGAAGAGUGUUAUGACCAGAUUGUUCACCCACAAAAGUUGUUGGUUAUUCGAAAAGUUCUUGAUGGUGUUAUGGGGAGGAUUCUUGAGCUAAAAAACAAUAUGGUGUCAUUGGAGCUAUCAGAAUAUCACUACUUUGAUGAUGUCAUCUCAGAUUUAAAAAUAACUCCGAAAGAAAUUGAUAUUGUUAUUCCGAAAUAUUUUCUGGAAGAAAGCAAACAUCCUAUCAAAGAAAAGUUUGGCCUUCAAGCUAAAUCUAAAAUUGAUGAAGAAAAUGAGUCAAACACAGAAGUGAAAGUUGAAGAAGUCAAACUUGUUCAGCCACCUGAGCAAAAAGCAAUGGAAGAUGUUUACGAAGAAUUGGUGGAUGAUGUAUUACUUCUAGAAGAUGAAGAUAAGCUGGUGCCUAUUAGAAGUCCUCCUAAUAUCAGUCCUAGUAAUGCAGCUGUAAAAAUACAAAAGACAUGGAAAGGUUUUAUGGCUCGAAACAUUGUGAAAAAAUUAAGAGAAGAAGAGCUUGUUUUUAUUGGAAUGAAACCUGAAAGUGAGGAUAAAUCUGAAAAUGCUGAUAGAUUAAUUAAACUUUGCGAAUAUAGACGUAGUGUAAAGAAAGAAAAUAUAUUAGAAUAUGAACAGGCUCUUGUUGAAACCAAGGAGAAGAUAAGAGAUCUUGAAGGAGUUGAUAUCAAAGAGAGGUUACAGGAUCAAAUAAGACAGUGGUUCAUUGAAAGUAGAGAUGCUACAGGUAAAUUCCCAGAGUAUCCAUCAGAAUCUGAAGGUGGAUCAAAUGCAAUAUUUCAAGUUAAAGAUUUGGUUGACGAAGUAAAACCCAAAGAAAAAGACAAAAAAAAAGAGAAGAAAAAAAAAGGUGAAGUUAAAAAAGAAAAAAAAGAUAAAAAAGUAAAUGAACAACCUGAAGAAGUUUUGUUUGAACCUUCCAAGUUUGCUACGAUUCUCAAAGCAGAGGAAAAAGAAUACAAAGAUAUGUGGGAACAAAGAGAUGAGACCUUAAACUUUCAGCAAAAACAUGAUGUAGAAAUUAUUAAAGAACAAAAGCGUGUUGAAGUUGAAAAUGAGAUCAGGUUACAAAUUGAUGAAUUGAUGCGAGAAGAACUUAUGAACUUAAAACUUGUUGUAGAUCAACAGGCUAAAAAGGGAAAAAAAGGAAAGCAUGAAAAGAAAAAGAAAGGUGCCAAGAAAAGUAAAAAAAAGAAAGGAGAAAAAGAUUUGACCCCAGAUCGUACACUUGAAUCUCUUUGUGAAGAACUAGUACAAGCUGGAAUAUUAAAAAGUUAUCCACUUACAAAUCUGAAAGAUUUUAUUGGUGAUUAUAGCUACUUAGGAACUACUUUUCAACAAAUGAAUAUUGAAAAUAUGCCAUCACUUUCUGAUGUGAGAAGAGUUAUUACAGAGUUUUGCAUACUGCCACUUGGUUCACAAGUAGUUCAUGAAAAUGCACCUUUAAUAAAGUCAGUAUUGAUAACUGGGCCACGAGGUUGUGGCAAAAAAAUGCUUUUGCAUGCAAUAUGUACUGAGACUGGAGCGCUUUUUUUUGAUCUCACUGCAGCCAACAUCUAUGGAAAGUAUCCUGGUAAAUCUGGGUUAAAAAUGAUGCUUCAUAUAAUUUUUAAAGUUGCUUGUCUACUUCCACCUGCAGUUGUAUAUAUUGGUAAUUGUGAAAAGAUGUUCCAGAAAAAAAUUCCAAAAACUGAUCAAACUGAUCCAAAGCGAUUAAAAAAAUUACUUCCAAAGUUUGUUAAAGGAUUAAAAUCUGUAAAUAGAGUGCUUUUGAUUGGCACUACUCGUGAGCCUUAUAAUGCUGAAGUAAAACCUCUUUGUUCAUUGUACCAAAAAAUUUUAUUUAUACCACACCCUGACUAUUCUUCUAGAUUUCUUUUAUGGCCUCACUUAAUUAUAAUGUAUGGUGGAAAGGUGUCUGAUGCUUUAGAUCUCAGUUCAUUGUCAAAAAUAACAGACGGAUACACACCAGGAGACAUGACUAUAGUAGUUAAAUCAGUACUCACCAAAAAGCGUAUUGAACAGCUUAACAAGAACCCAUUACUGGCUUCAGAGUUUGUUCCAUCACUUGCAAAAAUUGUACCAGUAAUCAAGGAGUUGGAGACCUUCAAAAUAUGGUACGCAAAAACGCCUCUUGGAAAAAAACGUGCGAAACGAGGUAAAGAAAAUGAAGAUAAAAAACAAGCUAAAGGAAAAAUCGAUAAGAAAAAAAAAAAGAAAUAAUAGUACAUUAUUGAUAUCGAACUUUUGCUCGCCCUGAUUUUUCUGACAGGUAUUAUUGCAUAGCUAGCCCGCAUCAAGUUUCAAAUGUGUUUCAUGUAUAUAUAAAUUUAACUGGAUAGUUUAACAAAUUUCGGCAGGUUUUUAAUUUAUAUUAUGGAACG